AUGCCGUCAAACUCCGAUCAACGCACAACGUCGUCGGGCGGCCCUCGUGGACUUGGUCCCUGCGUCCCUUCCGAACGUCGCAGGCAGCAAAACCGCAUCAACCAACGGGCAUACCGAAGGCGGAAGCGCCUUCGUAUACAGUUAUCGACAAACAAGGAUUCCGGUGCCGAAACCCCAGUGCAGUCUUCCGAUCAGAUCACCCCUGGCAUAUCUGACAUUCACCCCCUACCGGACGUUGAUCAGAUGCUUCGUCAGUUCUCUGAAUCCAAGGCUCUACAAUAUCAAGAGUUCUUUCAGACUGCGUACCGCAGCUAUCUUCACGGAGACCCAACCGCAGAUCAUAUCCUGACCCUCACAAAAGUCAAUGUCCUUCGUGCGUUUGUGCAAAACCUAGCUUCGCUUGGAUGGUCGGUGAAAUACAUGGAGAAGUCGGCCAUUUCUCCGUUCGCCUCAUCGUCCUCAUCGCUUGAUUUGGCAUCCCGUUAUAGUUCCAUUCCAUCUAAUCUCCGACCUACCAAAGCACAGAUGGAAAUCCCCCAUCAUACGUGGCUCGAUCUCUUUCCAUUGCCCAGGAUGCGGGACAACUUAAUCCAAGCUGGGAAUGAUUGGGGUGUUCAGCAGCUUUGUAACGAUAUCAUGGGGUUCUGGGGCGAUUCCGAUCUUGGACUUGGGCUGCUGGUUUGGGGAGAGCCCUGGGAUGUCAGAAAUUGGGAGAUAACAGAGCCAUUUCUGAAAAAGUGGUCGUGGGUUGUACAAGGCUGUUCUAAGCUUCUUGAUUCCACCAACAAUUGGCGUUCGAAGCGCGGGGAGAAUCUGAUAUUCCGAUAUAUUUGA